UUAUCAUACUAUUUAGUUGUUUCUUUUAUUAGUUUAUGAAUAGUUUCUCAGAGUAACACUUUGCGUCGAGAUUAUAUAGACAAAAUGGCGGGUCAAAAUGCGGGUAAUUCGCAUUUUGAUAGUGGAGAUGAAGACCAUGGCCUUUUGAGUUUAGAGAAGUUGGAUCGAGCCUCUCCUGAUCUGUGGCCUGAACAAAUUCCUGGUGUGUCUGAGUUUGCUGCCAUAAAAAGUCCCAUUUCAGCUUCCGACUCUCCGCCAAAGUGGCUUGCAGAACUAGAAAAUGAUGACCUUGAACUACUGCAAGAGUUUGGCAGUUUGACUCAUUCACAGUUAAUGGAGAAGGUCCGAGGCCUGCAGAAUCUGGCAUAUCAGCUUGGACAUGCAGAAGCUCGAGAGAUGACGAGAGGAAAGUUUUUAAAUAUACUUCAAAAACCCAAGCCAAGGAACUGAGGUGUAAUUACAAACAUUUUGCUACAUUUGGCAGCGGGGGAUUUGUCAUCGAUAUGCUCCCAUGGAUUUGUCAGUCGCUGAAAUAAACAUGGAAGAUCUGCUUGCCCAAGUAACAUGAACAAGCCUUUAAAAGUGACAACAUUCUAGCUUUCAGAAGACCGUUAACAUAGUGAUUACAUAAUUUGUUUGCACUUAUUAAGUCAUUUUGUCUUUACACCUUUCAAAAAUAAGUCAAAAUGGAGCAUUUGGAUAUUCCACAUGUUUAAUAUGUGUAUGCACAGUCUCAUAACAAUCAGAUCUUAGACCUCACUACCGCUACACCAAGGAUCUGAGGACAUUCCAUUACAGGUUAUGUCAGAACAACCUUUCGUGAACUUUGAACGACCAAUGAAAUAACUAACAGGAUGUUGACAUUAGCCAAUAAAAGAGCACCUUUCCUGAGACAUGGCACGAGCUUCAAAAUGCCGACUUCCACUCCAGACUACACUUUAAAAAUACUUUGAGAAAGUUCUUGAUUUAAAAUUUGAAAACUGAACAAAAGAAAAUUCUGGAAUGUCUAAUAGGUGUUUGAAAUUGUAUGGCAGUACUUCUUGUGGGGUGUGAAAAAAACUAUUCCAUUUCAAAUGUUUAUCCCUAAGACCGGGCUAGCUUUUGGUAUCAGUCAUGCAUCCUGUAACUGUCAUAAGGAAUACCCAGUGUUAAACCUUUUCAGGUUUUUGCAUGAUUAGAAAACACGUUCAGACUUUCACUUGUGCAAUCUUGUAAACGACAAACUGAUUGGUUGGAUGAAAGGUAGUUCUGACCUGACCUGACCUCAGGUCUUUGUUUAGCGGUAGUGAGAAAUUAGAUUGGAUUUUACUGAGAUUUGUUUCUGCAUGGCACAGGAAAAAGUAACAUCGCCAUGGCAAGCUUCUCAUGUGUAUCAUGUUUAGAUCAUGCAGCCUUAGAAAUUCAUUUGAUUAUAGACCAGUCCAGAUAAAUGGUGUAAACCAUAUUUCAACACCACAAUUGGAUUUUCACUUCCCUCAGCACAAUUUCGUAGUCUCUUUCUUGCAGAAUAGCGGUAAAUUUUUGAAGGCUAUUGUGUGUGGGACAAACUGAACCAGCAACAAUCUCACUAAAAUCACAUAUUUUACCCUGAUACAAUGCAUAUGUUUUGUUUUUGAUUAGAAGACCGCUGUCAGCAAUAUUCAAGGUAUAUGAUGAUGCGACACCUCUUUGUGUUUAUAUCUGAGGACCCUGCCAUAAGAGGUUGCGUCAGAUGCACCCGCAGCAUCCUUUGACCUCUGUCUAAAUGAAGGAUGCAUAUGGUUCUUGAGCCAAUCAGAUAUGUUUGUUUGAAUUCUGUGCUCACUCGUGAGAAUUUAGCUGCAACGUGAGUUUGCUGAUCAGAAUUUUCACCUGACAUGACAUGACAUAUAAUGGAGUUGACCUCAUAUCCUGACAGAGAGGCAUCACAUUGAAGUAAAAGAUCCGUUUUGAAUAAGAUUGUGCUAGCUGAGCAGUAUCUGGCUUGAUGUUAGUGGCAGUCUCAACCCAUUCUGACUUGAUCUAAAACCGACAUUGGACAUAUGAAUUAUUUAGUCAGAUUAUGACUUAAUUGUUUUGUAACCACUGAACAUUGGCUCGGGCUAGAGCUAAUUCUGUAUGUAUGUUUUUAUGUUGGUCCUGUACAGUUGUAUACAAUAUAUAAUGCAAGUCUAAAAUGUGUGAUUGUAAGAGCAUAUAUUGUCCUUAAUGAAGACUGUGAAUUGGAAAUUCUUGUAGAUGUUUGGUUAUCUUACAUCAUCAGAUACACUUUAUGGUUGCAAAUGUUGACAUAAAUCUAAACUAGUGGCAAUGUUUUUGACACUAUUGUUAUCGUUAAGAUUCAGAUCAGAGGAUUUUGUAAGCCAGAUAUAUGACUAGGUAUGAACUUAUUUAUUGGAACUUGUACUUAUUUAGCAAACAUUGAUUAAGAAUGAAGUCAUAUUGUUUAUUCACAGUGGUGCUCACUGUGAUGUGUAUAAUUAUGGCAAUAAAAAUAUUACCAACUA